UCUACAAAAAAACUAUUAAAAAAAACUCAAAUUCAAAAUCUAUAAAACAUUAAAAAAUACAAACUCUACCAAACAAACUUACUUACAACAUCACAAAAAUGUUGUAGACAAAAAUUGUGGAAUAAUUGAUUUUUUCUCUUCGACGUGUGUUGUGCAAAAGAAAAAAAAAAGAAAAAAAAACUUGCUCGCCACUCUAAUAAAAAAGUGUUGGCUUUUUCUCCACCAGAACAGAGUUUUGUGUACCUUCCUUCUUUCUUCAGUGUAAUCUAUCUGAAUAUAAAAAAAAAAAAUCUGAUUGGAAGAAGAGAACAAAUUUUAUAACAUUUUUUCUAUGCAAUUCGGUGGUCGUCAAACUUGCGACACCAUCAACAAAAUAACAUCACCACAUUCAAGUGAAAGUUCUAUAUUAUUUUCACACUCCCCCGAAGCCUCGUCAUUAUAUUAUUAUUAUUAUAAAAGAAAUGUCUUCGUCAAAUAAUCAAUCGAGCCAAAACCAGGCUGCUGCUACUGGGUCGUCUAGUCAAUCCCAAAAUUCUUCAGCCGCCACCCAACAGCAAUCAAAUCAAAAUUCAGCUAAACCAAAACACGAUGAACCAUCUACCCCAGAUGGUCCCCCACCACAGACCGCCGCCGCCAAGAAAGCCUCGCUUACCGGAACCAAGGACCGAAUCGUAGAUAGUGUCCCAUUUCCGCCAAGUCAUAAGCUAACUAUUGCCGAGAUAUUUGAUGCUAGGACAGGCAAACCCCAACCCGACGUCCUCAAGCAACAUUUUAUACUCGAAGGUCGCAUUGAAGAAGCACCAGCGUUACGUAUUAUCCGCGAAGGUGCCGCCUUAUUGCGCUCCGAAAAGACUAUGAUCGAAAUCGAAGCACCUGUUACAGUGUGCGGCGAUAUUCAUGGACAAUUCUAUGAUCUCAUGAAAUUGUUCGAAGUGGGCGGAUCGCCCGCUUCCACCAAGUACCUUUUCUUAGGCGAUUACGUUGAUCGGGGUUAUUUUAGUAUCGAAUGCGUUUUGUAUUUGUGGGCCCUUAAAAUCUGCUAUCCGACGACGUUGUUUUUGCUGCGAGGCAAUCACGAGUGUCGUCAUUUGACCGAGUAUUUCACAUUCAAGCAAGAAUGUAAGAUCAAAUACUCGGAAUGUGUCUAUGAUGCAUGUAUGGAUGCAUUUGAUUGCUUGCCAUUGGCUGCGCUAAUGAAUCAACAAUUUCUAUGUGUUCAUGGUGGAUUGUCUCCUGAGAUACACGAACUCGAGGAUAUUCGUCGUUUGGAUCGGUUCAAAGAACCACCAGCAUUUGGGCCAAUGUGCGAUCUGCUUUGGUCUGAUCCGUUGGAAGAUUUUGGCAAUGAAAAGAACUCUGAAUUCUAUACCCACAAUUCGGUUCGUGGAUGUUCGUAUUUCUAUAGUUAUGCAGCAUGUUGCGAUUUUCUGCAAAAUAAUAAUUUGCUGUCGAUUAUUAGAGCUCAUGAGGCACAAGAUGCCGGAUAUAGAAUGUAUCGGAAGAGUCAGACAACUGGUUUUCCAUCACUCAUUACGAUAUUUUCGGCACCCAAUUAUCUGGAUGUUUAUAAUAAUAAAGCAGCAGUUUUAAAAUAUGAGAAUAAUGUAAUGAAUAUAAGACAAUUUAAUUGCUCACCACAUCCUUAUUGGUUGCCUAAUUUUAUGGAUGUCUUUACAUGGUCGUUGCCAUUUGUUGGUGAAAAGGUGACCGAAAUGUUAGUCAAUGUUUUAAAUAUAUGCUCGGAUGAUGAGCUGAUGACUGAAAGUGAUGAGGAUCCGCUAACUGAUGCUGAGGAUGCUGCCCUCCGUAAGGAAGUUAUACGCAAUAAGAUUCGAGCUAUUGGUAAAAUGGCACGGGUCUUUUCGGUAUUGCGUGAAGAAUCUGAGAGUGUAUUGCAAUUGAAAGGACUCACACCGACUGGUGCAUUGCCAUUGGGAGCAUUGUCGGGCGGCAAACAGUCGCUGAAAAAUGCUAUGCAAGGAUUUUCACCUAAUCAUAAAAUAACAUCGUUUGCUGAAGCAAAGGGAUUGGAUGCGAUUAAUGAGAGAAUGCCUCCGAGGAGGGAUGCUCCACCUACUCCUGUAGAUGAUAAGUCCACCACCCAGUCGUCCAUCAAUGGGUAAUUUAGUUUUUAAUAUUGAAAAAAAAAAAAAAAAACUAAAAGUUCCAGUAAGCAAA